AUGGAAGCUGAGCACCUGGGUUGUAUUAAUCACCUUCCUAUAAGCCAUGAUGCUGAAUUCCCCGUUGGGUCUGCGCGUGACGAGGACAUCCAGGGACGGCAGUUGUCCAGCACUCUCUUCCUCCUUCGUCAAUUGGAUGUCGGAGAAGAUAUCGUCAAGCAGUGGCGACCUGCAAUGCAAAAUGCCAUUCGAUAUCCCACAAAAUGUGCCAAUGGACGUGCAUUCGGGGUUCCGGAGGACAUUGUGCUGGAGGAAUGGGAGCAGCAAUACAGGACGAUAUGUGAAACUUCGGGAGAAACUAAUGAAUUUUCUCCGAACUCUGCACCAGCAACCGAGAUCGAGGUCGUGAGGAUACCUGAAGCGUACGUCGCCUGUCAAACCGUUGAUGCCGUUAUGAGCGCGGAGUCUGGCUCUGAAAUUGAAAGUUCCUCGGAUGUACACGUCCACUGGCUAGAGAGCCCGGUCGCCGAGGCUGGUGACACGCAUGCCCGCAGCAUAACUAAUAACGUAACACUCCUGUUUCAGAAGACCGUGAGCCCGGCAAAAGCGAAACGUUCACGCUGGAUGACAAUGGUUCCUCAUGUCCUCCGGAAGAACCUAGAAGACGACGACAUCGUAUCGCUCGUUCAGUCCGAAGGUUCUUCCGCCGUCUCAACUGCUGUUGCGGGACGGCAACUGACGAAUGAGAAGCCUGUUUAUGAACCGCUUAGGGCAAGCUGUACAGCGUAG